UAAGGACACACAUUAUGAGUUGAAGGCACGUUUUCCUCUUCGCGACACGGACGUACGGACGGUAUGGAGGGGAAACUUUUAUACGUAGCGUCUUUGGCGCUUAUAGCUUUCAGCUACAGUGUUGAGGGACAACGUUACCUCAACUACAACGCUCGAGGUUACUUCGGCAACCGCAACCUGUAUGAGCACGGCCGCUCAAUCUCGGACGAUCAGGUGCGAUGCGGGCCGAGCACUUGUGGAGUUGGAGCGCACUGCACACACGGGAGUGUCAGACCCGUGUGCGCUUGCUUGCCUGGAUACUCCGGCGACCCGCUGUCGCAAUGCAUCAAAAUCGAGUGUGUUGAAAACAGCGAAUGUCGCGCUCACCAAUCAUGUGUCAACCAACAUUGCAUUAAUCCUUGUGAAGGAGCCUGUGGACACAACGCAAAUUGCGAUGUCCGUCAACACGUUCCAGUUUGCUCUUGCCCCGCUGGUUAUACAGGAAAUCCCUUCUCAUCAUGCAGAAUUGCCGAUCCCGAGGAAGCGUGCCACCCGUCUCCAUGCGGACCCAACACUAAGUGCCAUGUUGCCAAUAACCAGGCCAUCUGCACCUGUCUUCCUGGAUACAGAGGUAGCCCUCUGUCCGGCUGUAGACACGAGUGCGACUCUGAUAGCGACUGCAGCACGCAACAGUCGUGUCGCGACUUCAAGUGCGUGAGUCCAUGCAGCGACUGUGGUGUCAAUGCUGACUGCGAGACUGUCUCCGCUCAUCGCGCCAUCUGCAAGUGCCCCAGAGGCUACCACGGCGACCCGCACCGGAUCUGCUCAGCUGAGUGCACAUCCGACAGCGAAUGCCCCAGCUACAAGCCAGCGUGUGUUUACAACGCCUGCAUUAACCCUUGCACGAACGCUUGCGGUGUGAACGCGGACUGCAACCUGCGCGGUUUGACGCCCGUAUGCUCCUGCCCUAAGACCCACACGGGCGAUCCGUUCGCCUUCUGCAGGCCUUUCGAAGCGCGUGACCUUUGCGAGCCAAACCCAUGCGGUGCCAACGCGAAGUGCACACCCGGCCACGACCGCACCGGUGCUGAACGCCCCGUAUGCACCUGUCCUACUGGAUACCGCGGAAACGCACUUGUCUCUUGCGAAAAGGGUGAAUGUGAGCUGGACUCCCAGUGUCCGGAUAACUUAGCGUGUGUCGGCUACGAAUGCGUCGACCCAUGUCUCGGCAACACGCAGUGCGGUACCGGUGCGGUGUGCAUGGCGCGACGACACAUCGCCGUCUGCACUUGUCCAGGAGAUCACCACGGAGACGCCCUCGUGAGCUGUUACCAGUCCCACUCAGAAGCAGCCUCCACUCGCUACUACAGAUACAAACGUAACGGCAACUUCACCGAAUCCGAAAAACCCUCAAAAGAUACCGACGCUGCUAAAGAGCCAACUAAACUUACCACCGAUCUCAACAAGCCAGCGAAAGCCACUGCCCCGGUUGUGGAAACCCCCAAGGAACCGACCUUUACCCUCAGAAAUUCAAAAGAAUAAGUUAAAAUAACUAAGUUUAAAGAACAAUGAAAUAAUUUACGAAUUGAUGCUUCGUUUCAGAACGACUUUCAUGAACGUAAUAUUUUUACGUGCUUAAAAAACAUUCUUUAACAUUGGAUCGAUACAAUGGAUGGGUAUUAAAUAAACGUUUUUUACAAUGCAA